AUGCCAUCUCAUAUCGCCCUUCUUAUCGUUAUCUCUUCAGCAAAAAAUAAUCGAUUAUGCUCGUAUGGUCUGGCUAAAUAUAAACUUUCUGAUCAGACAUCACGUAAUAUUAGAUGGAAAUAUUUCUUUCCUUCGAACACAUUGCCUCAAUUAUUCAAUUCUGGUGAUAUCGUAUUUAUUUCUGGAAAAUACGUUGUUGAACAUUCUGAAGAAUGUGUAACUGUCACCUACGCUAGUAUUGUUGGUACUGGAAAACCUGAACGCGAAUUCGACUUAACAAACGUCCCUACAUGCAUUCCUCAUUGCAUGAUCUCUGUUGGUAUUAAUCGUAUUCCAAAAACAACCGAAGAAUUUAUUCAUUUUGGAGCGGAAUGU